UUAGGCAGGAUUUUUAACGGCGCUACACGCCGCUAGUCACAAAAUAAAGGCGUGAGUGUGUGUUUUGUUCGUGUUUUCUUGUCCUUGCCGGCAUAAAAGUAUUAGCAGUUCUCAGGUUUAGUGUAAAAAUCGAUGUAUAACCAGUAAAAUUUAAAAAUUAAUCAAAUAUCUGUUGAUUUAUCUCAUAAUCCCCAAUAAAUAUUGUAACAGUUUCGAAAACUUAUCUAGUUUGAGUCGAAUCGGGUUCUCAUCUUCAAUCAAUCGUGUUUCGGAUAUCAGCCGUUUUAGAAGUACUUUUUAAGGAAUAAGAUAAAAAUAGGUAUAAAUAUUUUUAUAGUAUAAAAUGGAUAGUCCGGUGAUUAACACUGAAAAUGGGAAAAUUAAGGGAUUAAAAUUAAAAGAUUUUAAAGAUAAUAGUUAUUAUAGUUUUUAUGGAAUUCCCUACGCUAAGCCGCCGGUUGGAGAAUUGAGAUUUAGGGCUCCUCAACCUCCUGAGUCAUGGGAAGGUAUAAGAGAUGGUACAAAACAACAAGAAGGUUGUUACGCCCGUCACAUGUUAAACUUUAGCAUGACUGGUUCUGAAGAUUGUUUGUAUUUAAACGUUUACACCAGAGAAAUUCCUAAAGAAACUGUUUCAAAGCUGAAGCCCGUUAUGGUUUGGAUACAUGGUGGUGCUUUUUCAACGGGAAACGGAAAAACCGAACUUUACGGUCCUGAUUUUUUAAUGCCUGAAGAUAUUGUUGUUGUAACACCAAAUUACCGUGUUGGUCCAUUGGGUUUUAUGUGUUUUGAGGAUGUUUCUUUAGGAGUGCCCGGAAAUGCUGGAUUAAAAGAUGUUUUGAUGGCAUUGAAAUGGGUUAAUAAGAAUAUUAAGAAUUUUGGAGGAGAUCCGGAAAAUGUAACUUUAGCUGGGGUUAGUUCUGGUGGAGUUAUAACACAUUGUAUGAUGUUAACACCUUUAGCGAAAGGAUUAUUUCAUAAAGCAAUUAUUCAAAGUGCUACUGCAAUACACUCAUGGACUUUUAGCGCGAAAUCUGAUGGGAAGAAAUUAGCUAAGAUUUGUGGAUGUGAAUCUGAGGAUGAGAAAGAAAUUUUAGAUUUCUUAACAAAACUUCCAGUUAAAGAUUUGUUAAAAGGAAGAGAUAAAAUGAAAAAUACAAUUUACCCAGAUGAAAGAAGAACAUUUUCACCUGUUAUUGAAACACCAAUUCCCAAUGAAAUGUCUAUAAUUACAGAAGAACCAAUGAAAAUUAUUUUAAGUGGGGAAUACAACAAAGUCCCUAUGUUAAUGGGUUAUGUGUCAUCGGAAGGACAAUUUUUCGAACCGAUUUUAAAAGGAAAAGAGUUUUUGGUACCAUCAUUUGAAAAAAUGGUUCCUCAUCCAUUAAAUUUAACAAAAGGAAGCGAUAGGUCUUUAUUUACAGCCGAUAAAAUUAAGAAGUUUUAUUUCGGUGAUAAAGAAUGUACUCAGGAAGAAAAACCGAGUUAUUACGAAAUGGUUUCCGAUAUUUUCUUCGCAUACCAUUUACAAACGGCAUUAAGAUUACAUUCAAAAUCAUUAGGACAUCCACUCUAUUUCUACAAAUUUUCAAUUGAUUUGGGUCUUAAUAUUUAUAAAAAACUUAACCAAGCUGUUUUACCAGGUGCUUGUCAUUGUGAUGACGUUUGUUACUUAUUUAAAAUGGACCUUACGCCGGAAAUCCAACAUGGAAGUAAAGAAGAAAUUACCAUUCACCGAAUGACAAAAUUUUGGGCGAAUUUUAUUAAAUCCGCCGAUCCAAAUCCAAAAGAUAACGAUCCUUUAAUUAAGGUCGAGUGGAAACCGGUUGAUAAAGAGCGUUUAAAUUAUUUGGAUAUUAAUGUUGAUUUAACUCCUGGAGUUGCGCCAGAUGAGAAACGAAUUGCUUUUUGGGAUGAAAUUUAUCAAAUGGAUUCAGCUUUAAAACAUCACAAGAUGUAACAAAUUGAUUACAAAAAGAAACUGUUUCAAAAUGAAUAAAAACAAGUUUUAUCAAA